AUGGAUGUAGCCCGAGCUGGCCUUGAACUCGCGGUGACGCCUCUGCCGCAGACCUCACUCUUUUGCUCUGUCGGCAGGAUUUCCUACGACCCUGCUCGCUUCCCGAGGUACCUGCCUGAAGCCUACUGCCUGUGCCGAGGCUGCCUGACCGGGCUCUUUGGUGAGGAGGACUUCCGCUACCGCAGCGCACCCGUCUACUCCCCAGCCGUAGUGUUGCGCCGCACCGCGGCCUGUGCAGGAGGCCGCUCAGUGUACGCCGAACACUACGUCACCAUCCCGGUGGGCUGCACCUGCGUGCCCGAGCCGGACAAGGCCUCGGACAGCGCCAACUCCAGCAUGGACAAGCCAGGAGCCAAACUGCUCCUCGGGCCCAACGACAGGCCAGCUGGGCGCUGAUGCCGGGGACUGCCCGCCACCUCCCGGCUUCCUGCAUCUGUCCCCCACAUCGUUCCCCACCCCCGCCGCUGCCCACUUUUCCCCAAGGCACAGCUACAUGAGUUUUAAAUAUAUUUGUAUUUUUCAAAGUAGACACUACAUAUCUAAGGCUAUUUUGAAUAGAGGCAGAAACUAUUUUCAUAUUAGUAAAUUAGAGCAAGCAUGUUAUUUUUAAAACUUCCUCGAUAUACAAGCAAAUUAUAAGCAUCCAUUAUUCUCCAGUAUGGUUCUUGAGCGCGUAAUUGUGGUGCUCAGAUGACCUUCUUUUAGCUGACCCUGUACCCUGCUUCUGAGUUCAGCCUGGAUGCUCCCAAUCUGCACCCUGAAGACCUCUCAGGUCCACAGAGAGAGAGAGAUUUGAGGGGCCUCCGGGUUCCAGAAACCAAACUCUCUUCUGUUCCUGAGCAUAUGGAUGGUCUCAGCUUUCUAGCAAUUUAAUUCUUUGGUGUGAUUCUUCCACUUUUGAAAACCAUUGGUCUCGAUUCACGGCAGGAGGUGGAACGUGACAUCUUAGCCAGUUCUCAGGGAGCUUCAAGUACACACGGGCUCAGUUUUAUGGGCUUUUGGCUCAAGCCAAGCCUGAGGAGGAAAAGGGAGGGCCUAGUCUCCAGGCAUUAAACUGUGAGCUAACUUCUUACUCUCAUUUAAGUGGAAGGUCUGCCCCUGAGCACAUUUGGAAAAGUUCAAAAAAAUCACUAAAACAGUGGUGGCUGAA